AUGAAACUAAAAUAUUCAACAGCAGGCCUGAUGAAAAUGCGUGCACCCAAGAAAUGGAUGAAAGCCAUCCUCGGCAUAAAGAAAUCCGGAAACUCUCAAUCCUUGGAGAAGGAGGAUAAUAGUUCAGGAAGUACAGCGAAGGAUUGGCACCAAGAGAAGCACUCUCUUGAGACUGAUGGCAAUAUUCUUGAAGAUGAGUUGAAUACAAAAGUUGUCACAAAAACCGAGAAUGCAUCGGAUUCAAAUAUCCAGUCUGAGUCUGCUUUGAAUUCAGCUAGAAUCCCAAGCGAAAGGAACCACUCUAUUGAGAUUGAUAACUGUACACUUGAAUACUUGGAAAAUGAGUUGAAUCAUAACGUUAUCACAGAUGCUGAAGAAGCCAAAAAGGCAAACUUUGACUUGGUUUCAGAUUCACCUAGAAUCUCAUACCAGAGGAAACACUCCCUUGAGUUCAAUGAACAUAAACUUAUAAAUAUGUUGAAGCAAAACGUGAUCAUAGAAGCCGAAUAUGCCAAAGAGGCAAGCUUUGAGUUGGUUUCAGAUUCACUUAAAAUCUUGCACAAAAGGAAGCACUCACUUGAGUUCGAUAAAGAUAUAAAUGGAGAUGAGUUGAACCAUAAUGUGUUCACAGAAACCGAAGAUGCUAAAUAUUCGAAAUUCCAGUUGAUUUUGGAUUCGAUCAGCUCACCAUCCACACCACUUGAGGUGCAAAAAGUGGAUCAACUUGAAGAGAGUGUAAGAGAGGAAUGGGCCACUCAGUUUCAGUGGAAAAUGAGGGAAGAGUGGGCUUCUCAUGUCAAGCUGAAUAUGAAAGAAGAAUGCGCAGCCGUACGCAUCCAGACAGCUUUUCGGGGAUUUCUGGCUAAACGAUCCUUACGUGCUUUAAAAGGAUUGGUGAGACUCCAAGCUCUUGUCAGGGGUCAUUCUGUCAGAAAGCAAGCUACGACAACUCUCCGUUGUAUGCAAGCUUUAGUGAAAUUUCAGGCUCGAGUCAGGGCGAGGCGUGUUCGUGUUGCUUUAGAGAAUCAAAUAGCACAACAGAAACUUCAAGAGCAAGUUGAAGAAGUGGCUCGUGUCAAGAAAAUUGAAGAGGGAUGGUGUGACAUUGUCGGGUCUGCCGAAGAAGUUCAAGCCAAGUUGUUGAAAAGGAAAGAGGCUGCCGCUAAUCGGGAAAAAGCAAAGGCUUAUGCUUUAGCACGUCAGUGGCAAGCGAGGCACCGGCACCAGGUGAUAACACCUUCACCCGUCAUCUCCAAACCAGACAAAACCAACCCGGGAUUUCCCGCCGGUUUCAACCCAGACAAAACCUACUGGGGAUGGAAUUGGCUUGAGAGAUGGAUGGCUGUCCGCCCAUGGGAAAACCGACUUGUAGACUUCAACCUCAAAGAUGGGGUGAGGGGCAGCGAGCACGAACCAGCUGAUGUGAAUGUGAAGAGGAGCCCCCGCUUGAGCAAGGACAAAUCCAAUGCCUCGUUUGUAAAGAAGGCUGCUUUUCAUUCUGGUAGCAGCUGCAGUCCUUCGCCCAACAGGCAGGGCAAGAUGGUCUCUAAUAAAGUUACUACCUCGAAGUCCGGUGUUGUUUCGAGAUCACACAGAUAG